UAUAUGCGUAUGCUACUGCUCAUAACCUAUAUCCUAUAUCCUUUCCAAACACACGUGAGUUGUGAAGAAGAUGCAAUUAAAAAUGUCGAAAAAAUUCAAUAAAAAAGCAGUGUAUCAAAUGCUUUUAACAGAAGACAAGUUUAUUUCGGAUAUAUUCUCUAUAAUGCCUUUAUCGACGUGUGAAUUAGUAAAGCAGAAUCAACCAUUCAUAGGAGAAAAAGAAUCGAGGGAAAAAGUCAAGACUUUUAUUUUACCAGGCAAGAAAACUGAAAGAGCACACACGUGUUUUGAGUUACACGAAAAACUGGAAAAAUUGAAGGGUGUGAAAAAGUUAGAUUAUAAACAAAAACUUCUUAAAAAAAAUUUGAAGAACAGAAUUAAAAAAAGUACAAAAAAGGAACAACGUUUGCUACAACAAAAACUUGCUAGGAUAGAACAAAAUGCAGCUGGUGAUAGUAAAAUAAAGAUUGACAAUGAAGAGGUACCAAAAGUUCCGAAACCAAAACCAGUUUUUAAUUCAGAAGGUAAAAUGGUGUUUAGUAAGUUUGAUUUCUCUGAGAUUGGAGUAAAGAAAAAAUUACCUAAAAAUCAGAAUGAUCCUAAAAAGAUGUUACAACAAUUACAACAAAAGAAAGAAAAAUUGAAGCAACUAGAAAAUUUAGGUGAUAAAGAAAAAGUUGAGGAUAUUAAAGAGAAAGAUGCAUGGAAAUCUGCAUUGGCAAAAGCGAGUGGUGAAAAAGUUAAAGAUAAUCCAGAGUUACUCAAACGUACAAUAAAGCGAAAGGAACAAAAAAAGAAACAUAGUACAAAUAAAUGGAAUUCCAGAGUAGAGAAUGUACAAAAAUCUAUACAAGAAAGGCAAGAGAAACGACAAGAGAAUAUUAUGAAGAGGAAAAAAGAAAAGAAAUUAAACAAAUUGAAAAAAGCAACAAAGAAAGGACGUAUUAUAUCUGGAUUUUAAUAAAUAAAGAUAAGGUUAAAUAAUCUAAUCUCUUAUGUUAUUAUGAUAUUCGUUAAUGAGAAAAUGGAUCCUUAAAAAGUUUAAUGACACAUGUAUACAAUACCAAUCUGUAUAAUACAGUUACGAAUAAUAUUUUAUUAAUAUAA